AUGCCAGGCUGUGCUCUGUGCCAGGAUGCCCACCGGUGCCAGAGGUGCCGGACUGGACACACACACCUCUACCUGCAGGGCGACCAGUGUGUUCCCGAGUGCCAGAGGUCAGAUCUACUUAUUAAUAUAUUCCCAUUCUUCCAUCCCUUCCCAUCGAAACUGAUAUGUGACUUUCAUAUAUGCAUACACACGCACUACACUCUUACACACACACUCCAACUGGAGCAUUGUGGGUGUCUUUUUUGUAUCAUAUCAUUAGAAAAAAAAAAAUUACUUGCCGUCACUUCACCUCUCUCCCCCCUCCUCUGUGCAGGGGUUACCCUAAGGGGGCAGAGUGCCAUCCCCUGUGCCCUAGAGUGUGCCUCAUCCCAGGGGAACGCCACCCACUCCCUGAGGUGUGUGACCCAGUCCUUGCUACUGGAGCACUCCUGCAUAGGGCACUGUCCCGACGGGCACUACCCCAACGAGGGCGAGUGUCUACGUUGCCCACACGUCUGCCUAGAGUGCAGCCGCGACUGCCUGUGUAAGGGUAAGGCUGCUGCAGGGGGAACAGAGGUGGUGGGGUUAGGGUAAAAGGGGGUGGUGGGGACGUGAUGCAGAGACAGGUCAGCUACUGUACAAAAAUAUCCACUCCAUCUCUAUCACUCCAUCGUUCUUUCUCUCUCUCUAAUCUCAUAUCAUUUAGCCAUAGAAACAGAAUUACACUCAAUAUGGCCUCCAUAUUGAGUGUACCCAUAGGAGUCAUUCUAUUUCUAUGUAUUUAGCGCAUCUCCCAGUGUCUCUCUGCAUCAGAGUGUGAGGAGUACUACCUCCUGCAUAAAGAUCAGUGUGUGGAUGACUGCCGCAGGGGCUUCUUCCCCAGCGAGGAGCAGAAGGAGUGUGUGCGUUGUCACGCCGACUGCACGUAG